AUGGAGGCUCCCGCAGAGGGUAUGGUCAGCUACUCCGGAAACAUCCCUGAGGCCUACGCCCCGUCCGAGGGUGUAGGGCUGUUCACCAAGAAGUGGUGGGCAAAGAUCACUGCCGAAGACGAUUUCUGGGUCGACUUGGCCUACAAUGUGCCCAAGGCAGUACUGAGGAAGCGUGUCAAGCAGAGUGUCGUAAUCGAUCACGACGUUCGAUCACGGGCUCGCAAGAAAGAAGAAGAGCGCCUUGCACGGGAAAGACGACGUACUCAAGCUUUGAAGGUUGCGAGAUCGUCCAAGCAGCAGCAUGAACCCACAUCCAGCCACAACGACCUGCCCAGGUCCCCCGCAAACACUGUGGCUACCGGUGAUAUUACGUCACUUCCGUCGGUGCUGCCAGCAAUCGCCGACAAGGGUGUGAAAGAUGGCUCACACAAUGAUGUCGUGGAGAAGUUCGAAUGUGCCAAGUGUGACCACUUCUGCCUCAAAGACGAGAUGAGUCCCAUUCCAAGCGACGGUAGCAUCUGCAAGCAGUGCUUUGAGGGCAAUGCCGUGAAGACAGAGGAGAUGUUGCUAGUGCCAGCUGCAGAAAGCUCAAGCCGUGGCCCUACAGCGCGCCCUUCAACCCUUUGGACGGAAUGGGUCAUGAGACAUUUGUGCCGGGAAGACCCGGAGGUUGACAUCCGACGCGCUGCAGCAAGAGCAAAAGAGGAUGUUAGUGGAUCCGAACGCAAGAGGAUCAAGCUCGAACCAGUGGACAAUGGAUCGGGCAGAGCGAUGGACGCGUAGGGCCUCGAGAGAGAGAGACAUCUCAUCAUACUCGUCAUGAGUUGGCGGUCUGCUCGCAACCAAGCAAAAAGAUAGACCAGAUUUAUUCAUUGCAAUCGAUGGACAUGGGCUGGGCUUUUCAUGUUGCCUUGUGCACGCGUUAUCUUAUGAAGGGCUGAAGAGGAGAUUAAUGUGCUUACAGACAUGGUGUAAUUGGAAGGAAACCCUCCUCGGUGCUCGCGUUGAUGGAUCCAGAUGGUUGCAUUAAGAUGCUGGGUGCUUGAGGGAAUGUCUGCUUAGCCUCGAGGAGGAACGAGGCAAUUUUGUAUGUUGGGGUCCGGGAAUCCUGAGCCAGCUCUUCACUUCGCUCUUCUAUCUGAUACAAUCCAUCGAACAUGGAACAUCAGUAUCAGAAUCCUAAACCGUAGGAUCUUGUUGACAGACAUGACAACCCAAGUAGAGAGGCCACGAUCGCAGGCGUAUUUUGGAACCGCUAGUC